AUAUUAUUUUUAUAAAUAAUUUUUGUGACCCAAAAUUCGAUUUCUCUUUCUUUCUUCUCCGAUUCCUGCGUUGCGUUUGGUUGAAUUCAGAACUCAGCUUCAAUUGUUCGUUUUCGCUUUCGCUUCAAAUUCGAACUUAACUAAACUAUGUGAACGCCACUGUCGUUUCGUGUUAGUUUGUUGCGGUGUUACUGUUCGGUUUGGAUCUGCCAAGCAGGAAUCUCAGUAACGGCAAGGGAUCCAUGUCAACGGUUACUACAAGUGCAGUUAUGAAGUCCGGCGACGCCGUCUCCGACAAGUUUCCGGUGGGUCUAAGGGUCCUUGUGGUGGACGAUGAUCCUACGUGUCUCAUGAUCCUCGAGAAGAUGUUGCGCACAUGUCUCUACGAAGUCACCAAAUGCAAUAGAGCAGAGAUUGCACUUUCACUUCUCAGAGAGAACAAAAAUGGGUUUGACAUUGUUAUAAGUGAUGUGCAUAUGCCAGACAUGGAUGGAUUUAAGCUUUUAGAGCACAUUGGGUUGGAGAUGGACCUUCCUGUUAUCAUGAUGUCUGCAGAUGAUGGUAAAAAUGUUGUUAUGGAGGGUGUGACACAUGGUGCUUGCGAUUACCUAAUUAAACCUGUUCGCAUUGAGGCUUUGAAGAACAUAUGGCAGCAUGUGGUUCGCAAGAAGAAGAAUGAGUGGAAAGAUACGGAGCAAUCGGGCAGUGCUGAAGAAGGAGAUCGGCCGCAGAAGGCAUCCGAUGAAGCAGAUUACUCAUCCUCAGCAAAUGAAGGCAGUUGGAGGAACUCAAAGAAGAGAAGGGACGAGGAAGAGGAAGCAGAGGAGAGAGAUGACACAUCCACGUUAAAGAAGCAGCGGGUUGUUUGGUCUGUGGAGCUCCAUCAACAAUUUGUGGCUGCUGUGGAUCAACUGGGAAUUGACAAAGCUGUUCCAAAAAAAAUUCUGGAAUUGAUGAAUGUUCCUGGACUCACUAGAGAAAAUGUUGCCAGCCACCUGCAGAAAUAUCGAUUGUAUCUUCGAAGGCUGAGUGGAGUUUCUCAGCACCAGAGUAACUUGAACAACUCCUUUCUAAGCCCCCAAGAGGCGUCGUUUGGGACAAUUUCUUCAAUUAAUGGGAUUGAUCUUCAAACUCUUGCAGCUGCUGGCCAGCUCCCAGCACAAAGUCUAGCCACACUUCAAGCAGCCGGACUUGGUAGGUCAACUGCAAAACCUGGUGUACCUAUGCCUCUAAUGGAUCAAAGAAACCUUUUCAGUUUUGAAAACCCAAGGUUAAGAUUUGGAGAAGGCCAACAGCAACAUUUAAACAGUAGUAAACCAAUGAACUUACUGCAUGGAAUCCCCACCAACAUGGAGCCAAAGCAGCUUGCCAAUUUGCACCACUCCACCCAAUCCCUUGGCAGCUUGAAUAUGCGAGUCAAUGCUCCUGCCACACAGAGCAACCCCUUAUUGAUGCAGAUGGUGCAGUCACAACCUAGAGGUCAGAUGCUGAGUGAAAAUACUGGUCCUCGAGUUCCCAGACUUCCAUCAUCCUUGGGACAACCUACUGUGUCAAAUGGAAUUUCUAACGGUCUUCUGGGCAGAAACGGGGUUGCUGGUAGCAACAGAGGACCUGCUUAUAAUCCUGUUCCACAGGGCUCUUCAUUGUUGACUUUUCCAUUGAAUCAAAACUCUGAAGUGUCUGUCAACAAUAAUUUUCCUCUUGGAAGCACUCCAGGUAUAUCCAGUAUCACAACAAAGGGCUCAUUUCAAGAGGAAGUUACAUCGGGGGUUAAAGGAUCUGGUGGAUUUCCUAGUUAUGAUAUUUUUAAUGAACUGCACCAUCAGAAGCCCCGUGAUUGGGAAAUAACAAACCCAGGCCUGACAUACGAUCCCUCCCAGCAUACAAAUCCUUUACAAGGUAGCAUCGAUGUCUCGCCUUCAGUUUUAGUCCAUCAAGGAUUUUCUUCUACAAAGCAAACUGGCCAAAGUAGAGAUACCUCCUUGAUUGGAAAAACUAUGUUCUCCAUGGGAGAAGGCUUGGAACACGAUAAUCUCCAAAAUGUGGCUCAGCAUCUCAAUCCGUUUAUUGUUGACAAUUCAAUUAGGGUUAAGGCUGAAAGGAUUCCUGAUGCAAGCUCCCAGACUAACCUCUUCCCUGAGCAUUAUGGACAGGAGGAUCUGAUGAGUGCACUUCUAAAGCAGCAAGAAGGAAUUGGACCAGCUGAGAGUGAGUUUGACUUUGAUGGAUAUUCUCUCGACAACAUUCCUGUCUAGAACAAACCCUGCCCAGUUCUUUCUAAUUGCAGUUGCCAGUGUAAAUAGUUUGUGUUACAUAUGCACCUUAUCAUUCUGCAAUUAGCUAUUUUGGAACUGAGUCUAAAUUAUUCAACAAACAGAAUUUGAUUGAUGUCAAAUAUUCAGACUUGUGGGAGUAGCAUACUAUGAUGGUUUAGUCUGGGUGCUCAAGAUCAUUUGAUUGAUUGAUCAAAGAUGAAUCAGCUACAAAAGUCAACUGCAUAUAUAUAUAUAUAUAUAUAUAUAUAUACACACACACAUACAUAUAUAUAUAUAUAUGUAUGCACAAGGCAUGUGCAAUUUUUGACUGCUGUUGAAAGCAAAAUUGCUAGCAAACUUCUAAUUUUAGGUUGUCCUUGGAAGGUAUGUUGGCUUAGGGGGACAGAAUUGCAGAAGCAAGGUUUUGAUACAUCUGCAGACUCGUAGGAGCAUCUCUAACUUUAAUGACAAAAUUAUGAAAAAAAUUUCUUUUGUUCCUUUUCUUCGAAGUAAGUAAAUGACUUCCAUAAGCAUGUAAAUAUUGCAUUUGGUUGCUCAAGACAUUUGGUCUGGCCAUUCUUUUCUGGUCGCUUCUGUACUUUGAUAGGUUUGUGUUUUUAUGUUCAUUAUGUUAUGCAUUCUUUGUACAUGAACUUCAUUAGGUACUCAUGGAUUUUAUGGCUACCAGUUUAUCAGUAUUGAAGAUAGUGUGAAGCUAUGUG